AUGUCAGAGAAAAGGUGCCCCGAUUGCCUUUCGGAAAGAGAUGACGUCGGGCAGCGAGUGAAGCCCGUUGGCACCACUUGCUUCGCCACAAGGCUGCCCCCCUCGCAUCCUUGCCGGAGUCGCGGUCGACGUAGAUGCCAACACAGGGAAGAAAAUGCUGCGGAGGUGACAUUUUUCUGAUGACGCCGGAUAAUAUACCUUCACGUAAUUACUGGUUGGAUUAGAGAGAUGCAAAUUCACUGCUAAAUUUUUUGUUGAAAUUGAACUUCUGAGCAACAAGAAGUCUCGUGGACGUUUAUAACUAAAGGUAAGCUGGAAUAUUUUCUAUAUUAAAAGCC